AUGGAUUAUUCUACUUCAAUUAACAGCUUAAAUGACAAUCAACAAAAUUUAAUCCCUUCUUUUAAUAAUAAUAAAAGAAUUAUUAAUGAAAACAGUCAAUCACCUGCACCUUGUAAAAAUAAAUUUAUUGGAUGUUCACGUUCUAGUAACCAAAGAAUUACUUUAUUUAAAUGUGCUUAUGCCCCUCUUAUUUUGGAUUUGAGAAAUAAACAAAAUAAAAAGUUAGAGGAACGUUUACCAUCAGAAAAUAGUAAUAAUGAAACAAAUAAGAAUUCUCCAUUACCUGUUGAUAAUGGAAAAAUUGGUGUUAGAAUUGCUACAAGAACUCUUGUAAUGGUUGUUGGUUGUUAUUUAAUUUCAAAUUCUCUAAGUACAGCUUUAAAUAUUUGGGAAUAUUUUGAUUUGAAAUUAUUACGACAAAAUAAUUUUCAUAUUUAUUUGAUGAUAACUGAUAUUGCUGCUUUGUUAACAAUUUGUGGUUGCGCCCUUCGUUUACCAAUUUAUAUUUCAAAUGAUAAAAGAAUUAGAAAAGCAAUAUGUCGAGUAUUUAUUCGUUUACGUUUUGGGUUUUGUAAAAAUUCAAAGCCAAAAUCUGAGGAAAUUUUGAGGCAGGAAGGAAUUGAAAGAUUUUUAGAGAAAUAUUCAAUUGCUAUUGUUUCUAAUAGUUUAAGGAGUAAUUUAACUGGAAAUUUUGAAAAUAAAGGUAAAAAUAUUAGAAAAUUUGGAAAAUAUUUUAAUGAGAAAAUAAAUAAAGUACUUAAUUAUUUAACCUCAACACAAAAUAUUUGA